UGCAAACUCGCGUUAUCAAGGUAAACAACGUCAAAUGGAUAAAUACUCCUCCACUAAGCCGUAAUAUUUCCAAGGCGAUUAAUAUUGUUUCAUAUUCUUCUCUUUAGUGAACUGAGUGCCUUGAACUCACUCUGUAUGAAAUGGCAGAUGCAGUAGAUGGUGCCCCUGAAUCAAGAGCUGAAGCUAAAGGUCAAGCUCAUCAAGGCUCUAAGAAAAAGAACAAAUCAAAAAACAAAAAGUCAGGAGGAGAUGGAGGUUCCAAAAAGCCUCCCAAAGAGGAAGUAGUGAAAAAACAAGAUGGUCAAAGUCAAGGACCCUCAAAAGACGACACCACAAAAGAUGAGGGUCAGGAUGUUCCCCAGAAAAGCAAAGCAGAACUUAAAGCAGAACGUAGAGCUAAGCAGGAGGCACAGAGAGCCGUCAAAGCCACGAAAAAGGCGGAAGGUCCAGCAGGUCAGCAAAAGAAGGAGACGGUGCGAGUCCCGGACCAUGUGAAGGCCGACGUACCAGAAACACAAAAGAAGUUGGCCAAGAAAUUAGAGAAACAGCAAAUAGCACAGAGAGCCAAUGUCCAGCGCAAGGUCCGCCUGUUCAAUCAUCUGUACCAGUACGAGAGAGAGGUGCCCCCGACGCACUCCUUACAAUUCUCUAAUGGAGGUAUCCACCCGUCUGUUGUGAAGCUCGGUGUUCAGUAUGCAGAGGGUCUUGUCAGCGGAUCUAACGCCAGAUGUGUGGCUCUGUUAGCUGCCUUCAAGAAAGUGAUCACAGAUUAUAAUACUCCGCCGCAGAAGGAACUGUCACGGGACUUGGAGAAUAAAAUCAAGCCCUACAUCAGCUUCCUGGUGCAGUGCCGGCCGCUGUCAGUGAGCAUGGGGAACGCCAUCAAGUACCUCAAGUGGAACAUCAGUCACAUGCCGAGGGAGUUGUCAGAUGCUGAGGCUAAACAACGACUGAAUGACAGCAUCGACUCCUUCAUCCACGAGAAGGUGCUGAUGGCUGGCAAGGCUAUCUCCAUCUAUGCUGGCCCCAAGAUCACAGAUGGAGAUGUCAUUGUUGUCUAUGCAUGUUCAAGUUUAAUCAAACGAGUGCUCUGUGAUGCCCACCAGCAAGGGAGGAAAUUCAGGGUCAUUGUCAUCGAUGGAAGGCCAAAAAUGGAAGGGAAAGAGAUGUUGAGAAGACUGGUGAAGGCUGGCAUCCAGUGUUCCUAUGUGUUAAUCAACUCGGCUUCAUACGUCAUGCAGGAGGCAACCAAGGUAUUCCUAGGCUCCCACGCACUGCUUGCUAAUGGUUUUGUGAUGUCCCGUGUAGGGAGCUCCCUGGUUGCCUUGAUGGCUCGCUCGUGUAACGUCCCGGUCUUAGUCUGCUGCGAAACAUACAAGUUCUGUGAAAGGGUUCAAACAGACUCAUUCGUAUUUAAUGAGCUGGGUGACCCCAGUGACCUGGUCCAGGUUGGCAGUAAAGAGCCGUACUUGUCGGACUGGAAGGACCACAGUCACCUGACACUGCUUAACUUAGUGUACGACGUCACACCACCGGAACUCAUCUCCGCCGUCAUCACCGAGCUUGGAAUGAUCCCUUGUACAUCUGUGCCAGUUGUCCUGAGAGUCACACAGGCACAGACUAAUGAAACAUAGCAGGCAGACAUUGGUUUCGUUGAUAGCUUCAGAUAUACAGCACCCUCAGAGAUGGUUCCAGGCAGUUACGUUGAUGCCACCAUCAACUCAUCCUCGAUGUCCCGUGUAUUUUAUUUCAUUGUAUUAUUGUAAAUACCUGGAUCUGUGCACCACCAUAGCUUCUUGUAUAGUCCGGUCUUAGUCACAACUCUAACAUUAACUGUCCAAUCUAAUUAGCUACACUCUUCACCACCUUGUAGCCUAUUGUCUCAAAGACAAUUGGGAACACCUAGCAGAAUAAGGGCCACCCCAUCUUCCCGAGGCAAGAGAGUUAACUGACUUUAAAAGUCCAGUUUCCACCCUUGCCAAACUAGGCUGGAAUUACUGGGCUCAAUCGUAGCGCCACCAGUGGCUACUACCAGUUAUGUCCCUUCUAAGCCUCUCCUAUGGACCAAUAAGAUUCCACCUCUCGUAUCACUUGCGUUUGCUUCACACAAUAUGGUGGGACCCAAACAGGACGAUCUGAAUCAAGAUCAAUAUUGUGAAAAAACGGGCCAUACAUCGCGAAAUGCAUCAAAUUAUGUGAGCACCUUGAAUAAAAACGUGAAAAGAUUUGGAAAAUAUCUGCUGACAACUAGUUGGCGGUGCACAU